ACCUAUGUAUGCUGCUGUCAAUUCAUUUUAUUUUUAUGGUAUUUAUUUGUUGCGAAUUUGGUGUUUCUGAUGAAAUUUGAAUGUUGAUAAAAAUUUAAAUUUUGUAUACCUUUUAAAUUUAUUUUCUUCGUGUUUUCUAUGGUGUUUUUCGCCUUUCACUAGUUAGGUGUGAUAAACUUAAUUUUGUAUAAAUCAUCGAAUACGGAAGAAAUCGCAGUUUAUUUUAUUCCUUGUACAUCUUUUUGAGAUGAAAAAUGAAUGAUAGUUCGGAUGUAAUUCACUGGUCGGAACCCCACUGCUCAAAAGAUGCUUUAACUGAUACUUAUGGUUGGUUUCUGCAAUUUUUGCUUGCAGUUUUAGCGUUUACAUGUUUGAUUGGUAAAAGAUUCUGUGAGCCACGCUAUGCAAGACGGCCAUGGUUAAUUUGGUUCUAUGAUACUUCAAAGCAAGGUUUGGGAGCAUUAAUUAUACAUGCGGCUAAUGUUUGGCUAUCUCCUUAUCAGACAGGGAAUCCAUGUACAUGGUACAUAGUAAAUUUUAUGCUAGAUUCUACAUUAGGCCUCCUUAUAAUAUGGGCUGGUAUAAGACUUGCUCAAUACUAUGCCAGAGUUUAUGAUAUACCUCUCAUCAAUUUUGGAGAAUAUGGUAAACCACCAAUGUGUUCAGCGUGGCUCUGCCAGUGUGUGCUAUAUGCAGCGCUGGCAACAUUUGCAAAGUCCAUGCUCGCUUUGGUACUGCAACUCCCACUGGUUCAAGCAGUACUCUCAACAUUGAGACUGUCACCUGUCUCGGAUCCACGGCUCGAACUGGCCGUUGUAAUGCUCAUCAUACCUUUCUUUGUUAAUAUUCUCAUAUUUUGGGUAACAGACAACUUCCUUAUGUAUCAUCCGCGCGGUGUCAGCACCAAAUUAAAGACUAAGGUGCGUUACCAGUCAAUAAAGAAGGACAAGACCUGUUCUGAUGAGGAGGAGCAUUCGGCUGAUGAACGUCUUCUCGGCGCGAGUGUAUGACCCAUGUUGAAGCCCAGUGCGUUACGGGCCUAGUAUCUUAGAUAAGUGCUCCACUCACAUCACUAUAGUUAUAGGAUUUUUUUUGUGCGGAGGAUGCCUGGCGAUUAACUUCUUAAUAUGAAAAAAAAAAAAAUCCCCGAACACCAAUGAAAUGGCCGUUGAACACCAUCGGAAAUUAUUCGAGACCAAUGACAAUUUAGUUCCUUUCUUUUGUGUAUUUUAGAACGUGAUUCAUUGAUUUGAAAAAAAAAA